AUGCAUGCAUGGGGUUUCUUUAAGACACUCCAACUUCCUCUAGUCUUACAUAAUCUGGAGGUUGGUAAGGAGGGUAUUAGAGUUGAGGAUGAGCCUUCUAGUUCAAAUUCCUUGGAUGAGGAUGGAAGGGCGGGAAGCUCGGCUUUUAUCAGGUCUUUUAGGUUGUUGAUGAACUGCCACAAGCCUAGUCUCAUUGGGCUUCUGGAACCUCACAUAAGUGGUAUUAGAGCAGACAAAGUGGUGAAGAAGUUGGGUUUCACGUACUCUCACCGUGUGGAGGCCGAAGGGUUUUCGAGGGGAAUCUGGCUUCUGUGGACAGAGGAUUGGAAUGUAGAUGUUCUAACCAAUCAUCGUCAGUUUAUCCAUGCUAAAGUUAGAUAUAAGAGUGGAGAUGAGUUCCUUAUAACCAUGGUUCUUGCUGGACACUUCAAUGCCAUUUUAAGAGUUGAUGAAAGAAAAGGUGGUUCUUCCUCUCAUAUGGGCAUUAGUUGUGAUUUCAUUAACUGGGUCUCUCAUGCAGAUAUUAGGGACCUGGAUUUUCGUGGUCCAGCUUUCACCUGGCAACAUGGUUCUCUCUUUGAGAGGUUUGAUCGUGUUCUGUGUAAUGAGGAAUGGCAUCAUUAUCUCCUUGAGGCUAGUUUAUUCCAUCUGCCAAGAAUUAGUUCAGAUCAUAGGCCUCUCCUUAUGCAUCUAUACUACCCGUCGCAAGCUUUAAGCAAUGUUCACCCCUUCAAGUUUCAGGCAACUUGGUUAACUCAUGAGUCUUUCAAGCAGUUUGUUAAGGAUAAUUGGAGACAGAGGGAAUGUUUUAUGCGGACUGUGGCUUCUAUCACUGAAGACCUCCAAAUCUGGAAUAAGGAGAUCUUUGGCCAUAUUCUCAAACAAAAUAAAGUCAUGUUAGCUCGCAUUAAGGGGAUUCAGAGAAGCUUAGAGAAAAUUUUUUCCUCAAAUCUCUAUGAGCUUGAGAUUAGAUUAAAGAAGGAGCUGGAGAUCAUUUUACAGAGGGAAGAGAUCCAUUGA